UAGGUUUCGCUCAUUCUAGCGAGUAGGUAAAAAUUGCGGUCGCAGUUGCCACAACAAAUUCUUAAUUUACAUAGAAUUUAGUUAGAGACUUACUUUAAAUUAUUUACUUGUGAAUUUUACUGUGCUUAAAAGAUGGAGUUUUUCCUACGUCUAUUGCAAUUAAUAUUCAAGAUUCUUUAUAUGAUAGCUUAUCCGCUAUGGUGCUUCUUUUUACCGCGCAAAGGUCCGUCUACGAUUCCGCCGAUUCGUGACAGAUUAUUGACGCUUUCGGUGGGGGAAGUGCUGGAAUUAUACCAACAACGUAAGUUGAAACCUUCAAAAUUGGUAAAAGCCUACUUUGAUCGUGUCAUAGAGGUAAAUAGUCAUAUUCAUGCAGUGGUGGAAGAUCGUUUCAAUAAAGCGCUAGAAGAGGCCGCACGAACUGAUGAAUUAAUUGCUAGAACUCCAGACGCGGAAUUGCCGGCACUCUUCAAUCGCCUAAAAUUGUUGGGUGUACCUUUUACCGUUAAGGAAUCAUGUGGACUGAAAGAUAUGCCCUUCCGCGUUGGUAGUCGUCAGCGCGCUAACAUAAUAUGUCAAGCUAAUGGUGAAACGGUAAACAAUUUGGUGGCUGCUGGUGGCAUACCAAUACUGGUCUCCAUAACACCAGAAUAUUGCUUCAGCAUGGAAACAAAUCCGGCAACACAAAACCGUUGCUUAAAUCCACACGACAGUAGACGUACAGCAGGUGGAUCUUCUGGUGGAGAAGGUGCUCUAAAUGGGGCCGGCGCAAGCUUAUUCGGUAUUGGUUCUGAUAUUGCUGGUUCAAUACGAUAUCCGAGUUUAUUUUGUGGUGUCUUCGGCCAUAAACCCACUGGUGGAAUCACUUCAAUUGAGGGACAUUUUCCUAACUGUAAGGAUAAGGAUUGCCUUGAAUAUCUUCAGAUGGGUCCAAUAACACGAUUUGGUCGUGAUUUGAGUUUAUUAAUGGAGGUCAUGGCUGGCAAAAAUGCCGAGCUAUUGGAUCUGUCAACGCCGGUGGAAACCAAGGACAUAAAGGUAUUCUACGCAUUGGGAUUUAGUGGUCUCAACGGUCUUUUACAUAAAUCACCCGCUAAAGAUAUUAAAGUUUCAAUUAUGUCAGCUGUAAAAUUUUUACAAACCCGCGUCUUACAUACUCAAAAAAUCUCAAUGAGCGCUUUCAAAAACUCACUGGAAAUGUCGAUCGGUGGUCUUGUAUUACUGAAGGAUUUUCCGUAUUUAAUUAACUCAUCGAGCCCGCAUAAAAUACGCGAACAUCUUGCCGAAAUGAGUAAGGCAGUUUUGACCCAAUCCGAAUACUCAAACGAGGCUUUAUACUUCGAUGCAUUACGUCGGCUCAAUGGCUGCAUGAGAACGGAAGCCAUGUUGAGAUACAAAGCUGAAGUUGAAGUGCUCAAAUCGACGUUUGCCCGAAUGCUUGGUGACAAUGGCGUUUUAUUAUUUCCUACCUUCCCGGUGCCCGCUUUGCAUACCGAUUCCUCGCUUUUGGCUCUUUGGAAUGUGGAUUAUGCUAUGAUCUUCAAUAUAAUUGGCUUUCCAGCGACUCACAUACCAAUGGGACGUAAUGGCGAUGAUUUGCCAGUUGGCUUUCAAGUAGUAGCCGCUCCCUAUAGAGAUAAGUUGUGUUUUCAAAUCGCUCGUGAAUUAGAAGCCGCCUUUGGUGGUUGGGUAAUACCCACCCCACAUGAAUUUCAACCUUUGUAAAGCUCGAAAUGGGUAAUU